AGAUCAGCUGUGCGUCAAGCAUGGCCCGCUGUACCGAGUACGGGAUCUCGAAGGCAACUUCAUUCUGGAUGUGCCGGCGCUAGCGAGCGGGCCCAGCGUCGGGGAGGCGGUCCGCAUGCACGUGGCUCGGCUCGAGCAGUACCUGUCUUGGGAGCAGCAGAUGAAAGAAGCGCAGCGAAUGGCCAAAAAACAGAGACGCAAGGCCGCAAAAGCUGGCUUCAUGAAUGGCCAGCAGCUCUCCCUUGAGGACGGCCAAGCUGGAAACGAAGACCCUGACGACAUGCUGACGCCAUCAACUGUUUCAGGAUCUGACCCAGAACAGUUUCCCGACCGCACAAGCGAUGAAGAAAACGAGAGGGAAGAUGUCGAUCCCGAAUCGCUGGCUAGACAAAGGGCUGAGAAGCUG